UUUAAGACCUGUUUGUUCAAAAGAGCAACUGUGUGUAACUUCAACGCUAAAGACAUGGAAAUGGACAGCAGUCUCGACAGCAAGCCAGAGAUUCGGUCCGCAACUCCACCAAAGGAAGACAACGAUAGCAUGAAAGAGAGUAGCCAUAAUGGUGAAGCUGCAACUUCAUCUUCUCUGGAAAGAGAUGGAGAUUCCUCACAACUGCCAACAAUUAGCUCCAAGUUAUUGAGAAUGCUAGAAGCAGCAACCACCCGGCAAUCUGCACUCGUAAAAAUGCAGAACAGCGAGGAAGUGUUCGAGGAAAAUGAUGGAGCCGUCAGUGAAGCUCCAAGAACAAAAAGACAAAUCCAGUAUCCUGAGCAGAUGCGAGAAUUCGACAGUCAUUUAACAAAGACGGGACGCCGCUCCCUGUCCCACUCUAUUUCUCAUUCCUCCACGGACAGUAACAGCUCAGGGGGUUCAGAUGCAGAAGAUCUAGAAGAUGAGGUCUGUCCUCGAGACAUGCAACAGAUGAACUCUAAAGGGACCAGGGACUUCUGCAUCAAAAACAUCAAACUGGCAGACUUUGGUCGUCGAGAGAUAGAGCUUGCCGAGGAUGAGAUGACUGCACUGAUGGCCUUGAGAAAAGCUGCCCAGGGGGAAAAACCAUUGGCAGCAGCAAAAAUAGUGGGAUGCACCCACGUCACGGCCCAGACAGCUGUGCUGUUUGAGACUCUGAAGGUGUUGGGGGCUCAGUGUAGGUGGGCAGCCUGCAAUAUUUACUCCACUCAGGAUGAAGUGGCAGCUGCUUUAGCAGAGCAAGAUUUUCCAGUGUUUGCAUGGAAGGGAGAAUCUGAGGAUGACUUCUGGUGGUGUAUUGAUCGCUGUGUAAAUGUGGAGGACUGGGAGCCGAACAUGAUCCUUGAUGAUGGAGGAGAUAUGACACAUUGGAUAUACAAGAAAAAUCCUCACCUCUUCAAGAAAGUCAAGGGUAUUGUUGAAGAAAGUAUCACAGGCAUUCACAGGCUUCAUCACCUCUCUAAAGCUGGAAAACUAUGCGUCCCAGCCAUAAAUGUGAAUGACUCGGUCACUAAACAAAAAUUUGACAACCUCUACUGCUGCAGGGAGUCCAUCCUGGAUAGUCUUAAAAAGACAGCUGAUAUCAUGUUUGGGGGAAAGCAGGUGGCUGUAUGUGGAUACGGAGAGGUUGGAAAAGGUUGUUCUGCAGCUCUGAAAGCGAUGGGGUCUGUGGUGUAUGUAACCGAAACUGACCCCAUCUGUGCUCUACAAGCAUGCAUGGAUGGCUUUCGACUGGUCAAACUAGGUGAUGUCGUAAGACAAGUGGACAUGGUCAUCACCUGCACAGGUAACAAAAACGUUGUUGUGAGGGAACACAUGGACCUAAUGAAGAAUGGCUGCGUUGUCUGCAAUAUGGGACGCUCCAAUACAGAAAUCGAUGUUAACAGUCUGCGAACCCCAGAGUUAGUAUGGCUACAUGUGAGAGCGCAAGUAGAUCACAUUGUUUGGCCUGAUGGCAAGAGAAUAGUACUCCUUGCAGAGGGCCGUGUUCUUAAUCUAAGCUCCUCCACUGUACCCAUAUACGUGCUUUCCAUCACAGCCACCACACAGGCUUUGGCAUUGAUUGAGCUAUUCAAUGCUCCUGAGGGCCGUUACAAGAAAGAUGUCUAUCUUCUUCCCAAGAAACUGGAUGAGUAUGUUGCAAGCCUGCAUCUUCAGACUUUUGAUGCACGCCUGACUGAGCUUACCGAUGAACAAGCCAAAUACAUGGGCUUGAGUAAAAACGGGCCCUUCAAACCCAGUUACUACAGGUAUUAAGAUCAUGGAGAAGUCUCAAUGCAACUCAUCAUCACUUAGAAGAAAACAGAUGGAUCUAAAGCUGUGGACCGAAAUCUCAGCGAGGAUUUCAUUCAUCCCUCUCUAUACCAACACAUGAUAUUACAGGCUUGACCAUUAACGGUCAGCGUGUACAAAUGUAAAGUGAAAUAUAACACAUUUUACUCUUGC